AUGAACUUGCUAGGCGCAAGCGACCGGGUAGAAAGUAUACGUCCCGAGCCUUGUGAUGGUAUUCGACCGUCUUGCUCUCGCUGCAUUGACCGUGGCGUUCAAUGCGAGUACUCGACAGCAGAGGACGGACGCCAGCCAGCGCCCAAGUCCUAUGUAGUUAUGCUGCGCAAACGUAUUGAACUUUUGGAGCGCGUGCUGCACACCAAUGGCAUCGAUCCAGACACCGCCAUCCAGCUGAUGACAAAAAAUGGCGAGCCUAACACUGAGUCUGCUCCGGCUUGCUCGAAUGGUGAUGACUUGUGUACUACGUUUGACGGUGCACUGACGCUUGACGAGUCAUUAAAUUUUGAUCAGGAUGGCGAAGUGCGAUAUUUUGGGCCGACAAAUUCGCCAGACGGAGAGGCUUAUCAGUCCGAUAGUCCUACCACGCGGACUGGUAAAAUACCGCUGAAUGGGAGUACAGACUCGUUAGAAGAAAGCUUGAUACCAGAAGACGGGCUUCGAUCUCAUUUGAUCGACCUGUAUUUUGAGUGGGAACAGCCAUGGCUUCAGAUGGUGAACGAGAAACUGUUUCGAGAUUCCAUGAGGCACGGCGGGCGAUACUUUAGCCCCCUUCUUUUAAAUUGUAUCCUCGCUUUAGGGUCACGCUACUGCGAUCGCAUAGAAGUGAGAUCAGACCCCAAUGAUUCGAAUACAGCCGGCAAGAUAUUUCUCGAGAAGGCGGAAGAAUUGAUUCAAAACGAUCUCAGAUGGCCCAAGAUCACAACAAUCCAGUCUUUGGCAAUCAUGGGCAUGGUUUAUAUUGCAAUGGGAUCUGAUGCUGCUGGGUGGCUCCAUCAAGGUAUGGCCAAUCGCCUGGCCCUGGAUAUGGGUUUCAACAUGGAUCCUUCGGUCCUUUCCGGAGCAGUUGCUCUUCCACCCAUCGAAAUUGAGCUGCGAAGGCAGAUCUAUUGGGCCCUGUAUUGCCACGACAAACUGUCAGCAAGCUACACAGGCAGGGUGUGCACGUUACUGGAUUCCCAGGGUGUCGUCAACAAACCAUUCCCUUUAUGUGCCUCAGAUGUCUAUUUGCCCUCAGCAAAUGGCAAUGGACAAUUGAGAUCUGCUUCCCAAAGAGACGUCGUACAGUUGCAUAGGGCAAUGAUUGACCUGUGUCGUAUAUUCGAGAAAGUCCUCCUUACGUUCUGGUCUCCAAAGCCGCUCCUCCAACCCCAACAACGUUCUGCAUUUUUUGACUCCUGUGUGCUUGAACUCAAGACUUGGUACUACGAUCUGGCUCCAGAGCUCAAAGUUGACCGUCCAUCUGGUCCCUCCCGAUUUCCCCACACCUACACUCUAUGCAUGGUAUACCAUACGGUGUGUAUUUUACUUUGCGUACCCUUUUUAAGCCAUAAUUCUGCCACUCAGGAUGCUUGCAAUCCCACAGACACGCAGACAAAACAGAACAGCAGCCACGAAGAAUCGGACCCUGCCCGGAAACAGAAAGCAAUGACAAUAUGCGCCAACUCCGCCCGAGGAAUGUGCAUCGUCGCCCAGAAAUAUAGACAGACAUUUGGCAGCUUUAAACUGAGCCCUAUAACAGCCACACACUGCAUGCUAUCUGCAGCGUCGAUCAUCAUUGAAAAUUGCUGUGUCGAUCCCAUUACGAAAGCUGAGACAAGUAACCAGGGUAUACAAGGUUCAUCACCACAGGCGGCUGUAGGACUCUGCCUUCAGGUUCUGCGAGAACUCUCGACGUCCUGGAAUAUUGCAAAGCGUAUCGGACGGAACCUGGAGAAAUUGUAUUGCCAACGACUGAACUGUGAUAUUAAUCAUAUGCCGCCCCCCCCCUCACUGGAAUGUAAUGGCCUUGGUACAACUACUUGUCAACCGACAGACACGGACGGUUAUCUCGGGCCCGAGGCCCCGACUGAGCCACUCAAUGGCCCGCUCGAUCAAAACGCCCCUUUGGCACCACCACUCCCAGACAUCAAUUGGUUUGAUGUUCCUACUCUAAGCAACACUCACCUGCACGAUAACGACAGCUUGAUUGGACUUGGGUCAGUCCCUAACCCCGAUGAGUUGUUUAUCAACAACCUCGGCUUUGCAUUCUCGGCCAAUUGUCUACCCAGCGACUACAACAUGUUUGAUACAUUGAAUCAAAUGUAUUUAGAAGAUAUAUGGUGA